GUAUGGAGUCGAAAAAAAAGAAGAAAAAUGCAGAAACUUACUUUUGCAGUUUUGUAAGAUUUUCUUAACAUUAAAAGACUUAAUUGUAGAUCAAACCAGUGUUUAGAAACUGGAUUGGCAUGAACAUGACGGACAAAGUAUUGUGUGCAGUGAUUAUUCUGAUUCCUGUGUGAUAAUUCUGUUAAACUUUGCUGAUCACCGUCGGGAAAACCAUCAAAACAACAUGGCUGACAAAGUGUUGAGUGAUUCUAUUCUAUGAUAAUACAAAGCUAAUGAAUAAUGUGUAGAACAAUCGAACUAAAUUUUACCAUCUCGCAUAUAAACAUUGUGGUAUAAAUGCCGAGAAGAAAAAACCGGUAAAGAUUAUCGUGAUGUUUUUCUUCAUAUGUCGGCAGCAGACAUAUUUUCAAAAUCGCCGGAUUGAUCUUUAUAAAUGAAAGGUAUUACAUAAGGAAUCACCAAACGACUAAACGAAGCAACUAUGUCCGUCCUGCUUCUGCUAUACUUGUUUCAUGUUAUGACGAUAAGUGCACCCAUUGAAGGAUCUGUUGCAACUAAAACAGAGUCUUCAUUAUUAUCACCACAGAAUGUUGUAGCACAGUUUUCGUUAGAUAACAACUCAUAUUUCACGCACCUUACGUACGACAGGCGAAGGAGUCUCAUAUAUAUUGGAGCAACUAACAGAGUCUACCAACUAGACACGAAUCUCAAGCAACUCAAUGAAGCUAUUACUGGUCCCAAGUUAGACUCUCCACAAUGUCAUGCUGGAGGAUGUUCUCCAGACGAUGUAGAAACUUACGAGACAAAUAAUCAUAAUAAAAUUCUGAUUUACAACAGUGUGGGUGAUACGUUGAUCGCUUGUGGUAGCAUACAUCAAGGAGCAUGUGAAAUCUACUAUCUCAGCGGACGAUUUCCGGAUUCAUCCAAAUAUACAGAAAUAGCUCUUGCUGCGAAUGAUGAAACGUCUUCAACGUAUGCUUUCAUUGGUCCAAGUAAAUACCAAUCAUGGAAGAAGGAAGACAUACUGUAUGUUGGUACGACGUUCACAAACGUUGGUGAUUAUCGACACGACGUACCCGCUAUUUCGUCAAGAAAACUUGACGAUCUCAAUUAUGCGGAAUUUUCAAUCCAGCAAUCGAACAUCAACAUUGAUGUAAAAUAUCGGGACCAUUUUCUAGUGAAUUAUGUGUACGGUUUCAACAGUUCGGAGUACGCCUAUUUCGCCGUAGUGCAGAAAAAAUCGCAUCUUGCAGACGAAGCCGGGUUUGUCACGCGAUUAGCCCGGAUUUGUGUUAAUGAUCCCAAUUACGAUAGCUACACAGAGGUAACCAUCACGUGUUUGGUUGACGGAGAAGACUACAAUAUUUUAAGGGAUGCUAAAAUUAUACAAGCUGGCCUUAAAUUAAGCCAAGAUUUGGGAAUUAAAAAGGAUGAUUUCGUGUUAAUUGCUGCUUUCUCGCCAUCGAAGGAAAUCACCAACGAAUCUCAGAACAAUUCCGCGAUGUGUGUAUAUAGCUUAACAGAGAUUGAGGAAGUAUUCAACGAAAACAUUCACUCUUGUUUCAACGGCAGUAUUAAAGAUAGAAAUUUAGGAUACAUUUCUGGAACGAUAAAUGAUGGAAAGUGUCCAGUAGUUGGGUCCAUUGGUAACAUUUACAGCUUCUGUCAUGUGGGGUUGAAGAUCAGUGGUGUAACGCCGAUCGUCGCCAGAGCUCUCUUCAAUUUUCCCAACGAGUCAAUAACUUCCGUUACAACUACUAAUACAGGACCACACACACUAGCUUUCUUGGGUACUUCAGAGGGAUGGAUCAAAAAGAUAUUGAUGUCAGGAUCUGCUGCUGGAGAAUAUGAAAGUAUCGAGGUAGACAGCGGUUUCAAGAUACUACCAGAUACCAUGAUUUCGCCAAGAAAUGAAUUUCUAUACAUUUUAUCAGAGAAAAAAGUGAUUAAAAUGAAAGUCGAACAUUGUAGCACGUUCACGAAUUGUUCAAGCUGUCUAGAAUCAAGAGAUCCGUUUUGCGGUUGGUGUUCCCUGGAAAAGCGAUGCACUGUCCGAAACACUUGUCAAAAAGAUACCAGUACCGCCAGAUGGCUUUCCAUCAGUACUGGGCAACAGUGUAUCGAUUUUGAAAUGGUAUCUCCAGACAAAAUUCCUAUCAAUCAAAUGGCAACUGUGCAUCUCAUUAUUCGUACAUUGCCUGAGCUGCCGUACAAUGCAAAGUAUAAAUGUGUAUUUGGAAAUUCAACACCAAUUGAUGCGAAUGUUACAAACGAAGGUCUGGUAUGCAGAACUCCUCCAGUAGAUAAGCGUCCGCAGUUGGCUGCAAACACAGACCACAUUCUAGUUCCACUGAGUGUUAGAAGCUCCGAAACAAAUAAGGACUUUGUGUCUCGUAACUUCGCAUUUUACGACUGCUCCCGUCACGAUACUUGUCGGAAAUGUCUGCGCAGUCAAUGGGGUUGCAAUUGGUGCAUUUAUGAUAACAAAUGCGUGUAUAAUACUUCAACUUGUCGUAACUCUGGGAACAUUGUAACGAGCGAGAAUUCCUGCCCGCAUUUCAAACGAAGAUAUGAACCGAUUUUACUGCCGAACAAAGUUCCCAAAGAGAUUAAGCUGGAAAUUGAAAAUCUACCAAGGCCUCAGAGUGCGCAUACUGGUUUUCUUUGCACUGUUAAUAUUGAAGGAGCCCAUAUGGUACUGCCAGCACGUGUUGAAUCCAACAAAUACGUUGUAUGUGAAAAAACACCGUACUCUUACGAAGCCAACACGAACGAAUACGAAGCAAAAGUUGAUGUGAAUUGGAACCGGAAUCAUUACAUAGAUACUGUGUCAAUUAUUCUUUACAAGUGUGAUAUUCUUGGAUCUCAUAGAGAGCAUGCAGACUGCAGUUUAUGCGUCACUCGUGACAAAAAAUAUCAAUGCACUUGGUGUAACAAUCAGUGCGUGUAUAACGAGACCUGCGCGUUCGACACAAAUUUGAAUGAAUGCCCCAAGCCAAGAAUUGAUCUCAUUAAGCCUCUUAGUGGCCCAAUAGAAGGCGGAACAUUACUAACUAUAGAAGGAAGCAAUCUGGGCAUUCGUGAAGAAGAUGUACGAGGCAAAAUUCGAAUUGGCAAUGUACCAUGUGAACUGAUCAAUUAUGAAAUUUCCGUCAAAAUAGAAUGCCGCACAGGACCAGUUCCAGGAGAAAUGACAGCAUCAAUUAAAGUUGGCAAUGAAGCUGGGUACACUGAAUCGAGUGUACAAUUCCAAUAUAAAAGCGUACAAUUAACAGGUUUGCAUCCUACAAUGGGACCACAGUCCGGAGGUACUAAAGUUUCUAUAAUUGGGAAAUUUUUAAACAUUGGUUCAACAAUUAUGGCAUAUUUGGAUGAUUAUCCUUGCCAUAUUAACAUCACCCAAGCUUCUUCAGGUAGGCUGAUUUGUAUCACGUCAGCUGCUCGUUCUCCCGAACACAUACGAAUUUUGACACUUUUGAUUGAUGGAGCAAAUCGUACCUUAAAGUGCAUGGACGAUAACCAGCAAAACAGUUUAAGCCGAAAUAAUUAUCACUAUCAUAGUCAUUACGAAACGUGUAGCGUGUACAAUUAUACUGUUGACCCAAAAAUUAUGCAGAUAAAACCCCUCAAAAGUUUUAUGAGUGGAGGAAGAAUGAUGACAGUUCACGGUACCAAUCUGGACUCAAUUCAAAAACCAGAAAUUGAAGUAUAUUAUGAAGAUGAACGCAUCAACAAAUCGAUAUGUACCGUUUUAAAUCCAAACCAGAUGGAAUGUCCUUCACCAGCAGUCAACUUGAAGUUUCUUUCAUUUCUGAAGCACGUGGAGCAGUUUAAUGGAAAUGUGAUUGCGGGAAAUAACCAGAGUCGCAUUAAAAAUCGACGAAGCUUAAUAACCACCGAGCCGUCUGCGUUUAUGUCGACUGCGGAAUCGUUGAUAAGUGAUAGUUCGGCAUUAACUGUGUCACUUUUCUCACCCACUCAAUUCAUGCCAUCGGAUGAGCUACAAACAACUGCCUCUUUACUUGAUACGACAAUAAACAGACUAAGUUCCCCAAUUGCGCUCAAAAUGAGCGAAAACCAGAUCACAUUCCAAUUAACUUUUGUGAUGGAUAACGUUCUAACAGUUAAAGACCUUAACAAACAUUUCACAAACUUGCGAUCGACUAUUGUGUAUGUGGAUGAUCCCAUUUAUUUCCCGUUCCCAAAUUUCAAAAAGUUAUACAAAGGGGACACCCUAGUAAUAGAGGGUGAAAAUUUAAAUAUUGCAAGCGAUGAAUCAGACGUGAAUGUUACAAUCGGGACCAUGCAGUGCAAUGUUACAAGUUUAGCUCUUACACAAUUGGUUUGUACUCCACCGGCGCAACAACCAUUACCCACCGAUGAAAAUGGCACAGAACAAACUAUUCAGGACUUGCCUCUAGUGGUGGUGCGGGUUGGUCAGAGUCUCCGGUUUCGAAUAGGUUACCUGAAGUACGAUUUGAUGAAGCCAUACACGUUUUCGCAUAUUCUCUUCGGUAUAGUGAUAGGCACACUAUUCAUCGUGGUAUCACUGGUUGUAAUUUUAAUUAUUUAUCGCCGCAAAAGUACCCAAGCAGAACGCGAAUACAAGCGCAUCCAGAUCCAAAUGGACACAUUAGAAAGCAACGUUCGUAUGGAAUGCAAGCAAGCCUUUGCCGAAUUACAGACCGACAUGACCGAUUUGACUGCAGAUCUCGAAAAUAGCGGCAUACCGACACUAGACCAUGUGAAUUACAUUAUGAAGGUCUUUUUCCCAGGAGUUACAGAUCAUCCAAUACUCAACUCGUCAAAGUUUAAAAUAAAUAUGCCUCGAAACAAUUAUGAUCAAGCAAUGCUGCAAUUUGAGCAGCUUAUUAACAAUAAGGUAUUUUUACUUAUAUUUAUCGAGACACUAGAAGCCCAGAAGUCAUUUAGUAUACGGGACAAAGUUAACGUUGCUUCCUUACUCAUGAUAGUUCUUAUGAAUAAAAUGGAGUACGCUACCGAUGUGCUGAAGUGUUUACUGUUGCGGUUAAUUGACAAAUCAGUUGUGACAAAACAUCCACAAUUGAUGCUUCGGCGCACUGAAAGUGUGGUAGAGAAAAUGUUAACGAACUACAUGGCCAUAUGCAUGUAUGAUUAUUUGAAAGAAUACAGCGGAAAUUCGCUCUUUUUGCUAUAUAAAGCAAUAAAACACCAGAUUGAAAAGGGUUUAGUGGACGCGGUAACAUACGACGCUCGUUACUCAUUGAGUGAGGAACGGUUACUGCGGGAGCAGAUUAUGCACAGUGUUGUAACUCUGCAUAUAAUACAGGACGAUCUGGAUGAAAAAAUUCAAUGCAAAGUGCUGGACUGUGAUACAAUUACUCAAGUGAAAUCGAAAACACUCGAUGCAUUGUUCAAAAAUACGCCUUUUUCGAUGCGUCCUUCGGUCCACGAUUUAGAUCUAGAAUGGCGACAUGGUCGGGGCGGCCAUUUAACAUUACAGGACGAAGAUCUUACCACCAAAACCAUUGGUGGAUGGAAACGUAUUAAUACUCUAGCCCACUAUGGCAUCAAGGAAUCAGCUGUGAUGUCUCUCAUUGCCAGACAGAAUGAUAAUUAUAAUAAUUUUAAUAACAAACAGCCAUAUCCGAAUUGUUAUUAUAUUAAUAACUCUUCGUCUCACAUUUCCAUCAAUGGCGAUAUGGUUCAUCACACUCCGUCGUUGCAGCAAAGUCAUAUGUUGAACUUUCAAAAUGUUGCGCAACAGCCUCAGCAUGCUCGCAUUUAUCACCUAGUGCGACCAAUCGACGAAAAGACAGCUUUUGGACAGCAACAAAUCUUACACGAAAGAACCCAUAAAGCUAUUCCGGAAAUAUUUCUCACACGGUUGUUGGCUACUAAGGGUACCAUUCAAAAGUUCGUGGACGAUUUUUUUGGAACCAUUUUAACUGUAAACAAUAUGCUACCACCUGCUGUUAAAUGGAUAUUCGAUAUCUUAGACGAUGCCGCUAAGCGGCAUGGUAUUAUCGAUCCAGAUGUCGUACAUGCUUGGAAGUCAAAUAGUUUACCGUUAAGAUUCUGGGUGAACUUCAUAAAAAAUCCAGACUUUAUCUUUGAUAUUAACAAAUCACCCAGUGUAGAUGCCUGCCUCAGUGUUAUAGCACAAACAUUCAUGGAUUCUUGUUCUACAACCGAAUAUAGACUGGGCAAAGAUUCACCGUCCAACAAACUACUUUUUGCUAAGGACUUGCCACAUUAUCGCGAAAUGGUUGCAAACUUUUACGCUGAAAUAGCACACAUGCCUCAAAUUAGUGAUCAGGACAUGUGCACUGCCAUGCAACAGUUGUCCUUCCAGCAACAGGAAGAAUUUGACGUUAUAGCAGCGCUAAAAGAACUUUACAUUUACGUAACGAAAUAUAGGGAUCAGAUCAUAGAUUCGCUGGAUGAGGACAUACACGCAAAAAAAAUGCAUUUAAUACACAAACUUGAAAAUGUUGCCUGCACGUUGGAAGGGCAAAAUUAUUUAUAAUAUGAAUCGUUUACUGAUUGCGACGUUUGCAGUGCAAUUUGGACUGGAAAAUUGAAGAUUUGUGUGUUAAGAGAUACGAUACGAUUGGUUGCCAUACGCUACCAGAUAGAUGUAAUAUUUUAAACAAAUAUUUGAAUAUGAGCUAAGUGGACUGCACGAGUAUCUCUUAUUGUCGAUUCGAUCUGAAUUUGACGUGCAUUGUCUUUUUUUAUUGCGUGCCAAACUUAUUUUUUUUUUAAUUUUAUUUAUUUUUUUUUGGCGAUUACGAAAUUUAAAUUAUAUACGCAGACGCCAUUUUUUGACUGAUUUGAAUGAUACCGUAACGGUAUCCUCACAGAUUCACCUGUAAAUAAGCAUUAAUGUGCAACUUUCCAUUCAUUUUAAAUGUGUAUUAACUGAGUCAAGCUUUGUAGUUAGGCAUUUAUAAACGAGUGACUCUAGUGAGAUAACGAAUAAAGCGUAUAAUU